UGUGUGCGGUGAGUUAUGUGUGACAGAUGAAACGGGGACAGGGGGAGGAGUGAGUGAAUGUGUGUGUGCCAGAGAGGGUGCAGGAUACUGGGGUGAAAGAGUUGGUUGGUUGAAAGCUCCAGAUGGGAUCUUUCAACUCAAAUUACAUUAGGUUUUAGUUAGUUACAAAGUUUUUGACAUGGAGAGUUAGAGUUUUAGAUGCUGGGAAGACUGGGGGAACGCAAGUUACUGGAUUGCUGCAGGACUUUUGAAAAGUGGGGGAACAAAUUUCCUGUCUGACCUGCCAAGAGAUUUAGAGUCUGGAGGACCCAUGGUGGAAUUCUAUCUGUGCUGGUAGGUGAACAGGAUGUCAACGCUACCAUCAGACAACAGCCCUGAAGAUGCAAGCAGUCGCAGCUUCUGGAUGCCUGGGAACUAUCAGCCCACUGUGAAGCGAACAGAAGAUGCCUUCCAGGCCUGUAAUGACAUAGUGGCGUGUUUCCAAGAAAGAGCUCGCGUGGAGAGGCAGUACGCCCAGCAGCUCAGUGAAUGGAGCAACAAGUGGAAGCCAGUAGUGGACUCCAGCCCUUUAUAUGGGUCUCUCUUGAAGGCUUGGCAGUGUUUUCUGUCCUCAGCUGACCGGCUGGCCUCCUUACACGCCUCCAUCUGUCGCUCCUUGGUGUCGGAGGAUGGAGACCGGGUCAGGACCUGGCAGAAGGACACCUUCCACAAGAAGUUAUUUGGAGGCUUCAAGGAGUCCCAGGACAUCGAGACGGGCUUCGCACGUGCUCAGAAGCCGUGGGCCAAAAGGCUGAAAAAGCUGGAUAAAGUCAGGAGGGCAUACCACAAAGUGAGUCGUAAGGAGCAAGCAGCCAGAGAGCGAGAGAUACACGCUCAGGGAAACCCGGACGUCGCCAUUGACAAACAGAAGAAGAUCCAAGAGGAGAGAGUGCUGGCUCAACAGGAGGCCGAGAAGGUUCGUGCCCGCUAUGAGAAAGUCCUUGAGGAGGUGAACCGCUAUGCUCCACGCUACAUGGAGGAGAUGGAGUCCAUUUUUGACCAAUCGCAGGACGAGGAGCGCAAGAGGAUUGUCUUCCUCAAACAGGCCUUUCUCUCCAUCCACAAACACCUGGACAUCACCAACAACGAGAGUGUGAGGGCCGUGUACAAUGAGCUCCACAACACACUGAUGGCCAUUGACGAGCACGAGGACCUCCGCUGGUGGAAAAACACCCACGGGCCGGGCAUGCCCACCGAUUGGCCUCACUUUGAGGAAUGGACACCUGAGAAGAAAACCAAAAAAGGGAAGAAAGAAGUAGAAAAGAAAGGAACAAUAGAGAGGAGUGUGAUGAUUGGAGGGGUGAGAGUAAGAGCUCUGUAUGAUUAUGUUGGCCAGGAGACAGAUGAGCUGUCAUUUAAAGCAGGUGAGGAGUUUUUGAAGAUCGAGGAUGAGGAUGAUCAGGGCUGGUGUCGGGGCAUGAAGGACGGCGGCGGUGAAGGGCUUUACCCAGCCAACUAUGUCGAGGUGGUGUAGUUAGCAUGUCUAGGCCGAAAACGAAAGAUCUUGUUACGUCACAUGCUUCGUUUCACUGUGGAAUUCACGACCCGGUUUAACGUCUAAAUGUCAGAAACAUAAAACCAAUGCUGUAAAGAACAACACCAAGUAGCUGUUAGCCAAAGUUCUGCUGGUCUGUGAUGAGAGUAUGAUCACACUUAAGAGAAUAUUUUAGCAAACAGAGAUCUUUUAAAGCUAUCCAGGUUAUGUAAUCUCUUGAAGGAUUUUAAGAAAUGUUUUAAUAUAUAUACAGUAUGCAUAGACCACUUGUAUUGAAGCCAUAUGAUAAACAAUGCUUUAAUGUAAAAAAAAAAAAAAGUGCUUAAAAGUGCUUUUACGGUACACAUAGCCAUUUGGUGCUGAAACUGCAUUACAGGACUGCCAUUGUACUUGAGCUGUUUUUAUUUCUUUGCACCUCAACACAUUGCUAUUAAAAUGCUCACAAAGCCUCUGAACAUAUGAAGAAAGUGAUGCUAAUACUGUGAUUAUAAUUAAUCCAAAGCAGCAAAGCACAAGUGGAGUCAGCUUGAUAGAAGUAAGUAGCUAUAUGGACUGUAUUUCUCUUCUGUUUUUGUGGUUUAAAGGAACAGUUCAACUCUUUUAGGAAUAUGAUUUGCUGUCAAUUUCACAAUGAGAUGAGGAGACUGAUAUUAGUUUCAUCUUUGUGUGUCAGGUACAGGGGGAAACUGUUAGCCUAGCAGCAUCAACACACAUUCCAGGUACUCUAUUGCUGUCUUAUUUUGUAUCCUAUAUAAUCAAUAUUUUUAUAUGAAAAACUUAUGUUAUGACAAUUAUUUAAAAGGUCUCCUAAGAGCUGCCAAACUGACCCAGAGACUGCACACAGCAGCUCAGACAUCCAUGUGAAAACAAAACGUGGGUGAUUAUUGUAUUGAUGAUGAGUUUUCUAGCAAAUAAACAGUAUAUUAUGGCUGCAGACGAUUCUGAUUUACUGGCAGGUUCUUGUUAUAACCCUGUAUUUCAAAAGCACCCAAAAUGCUUACUGUUAACAGGAAUUUUAAACUGCAGGUAAUUAUGACAACAAUAGUUUUUUAUUAAAGCUACAUCACAAACAUUAAAAAGAAAUGAAAAUUUAAAGGUAUAUUAUGCAGGAUUGUCUGUCACUGUUCGUAAAAACAGCAAAAGUGAGUAAAGUAAAGGACAACCCAGACUCACUCUUGUUUGGCAUUUCGCCAUGCAUUAUUUGCGUUUUUUGGAGCUGUGUCCAUAAACAUGCCCAUAAACAUCUGGAACACAAAAAAUAUGAUAUAUGAUAUUUUCAUUUGGCGAGACAACGACAAUAAUGCACUCUAAGGUACUGAUAGUGAAUGAUGGACUUGGCAUUACCCCUGAUUACAGUCGGUUGUGGCCUUCUUUGCCUCCACUUAAUUAAUUUCUUGUAGUGGGAGACCUUGUUGUGCCUUAUUACUGACAUUAUGAGUGAAUAAGAUAACUCUGAAGUUUGGCAUGCGUUGGGGCGGUUGAGGCUCAGGAGGAAGAGCAGUUCACAUUAAGUUUCACACUGUGCCUCAAAAUUGCUCUUGAUAGUCAGACCAGCACUUCGCGUGGCAUCUCAACCACCAGCUGUGUGAAUGAGGGGCAAAUUGUGGAGCAUUCUGCCGACUAACGUAGAAAAGUGCUAUAUAAGUACAGUCCAUUUUUCAUUUUGUCAAUUUUGAUGGAGCGGGGCUAGGAGUUUCUCCCUGUUGCCAGUCUUAAACCAGGACCCAUUAUCCAAGAACACCUUAAGGCCAAAAUGAUCUUGAUUUCGGGAUCAUCUAAGCGUCAAGAUGCUUUUGACAAACAGGGCCCAGGUCUAAACACAUCCCAGGCAUGAAGCUAUCUCUGCACAGAAUGUUUAGAGAUGUAACUGAUAUUAUGCUUUUUCAUCAGAUUCUCAGUUUGACGCCAGACUUUUCAUAUUUCUUAGCAUGUCAGACUGUUCCUUUAAGGUAAGUACUGGGGAACAAAUAGUUUUCCUGUCUGUCUGUAAUCAUCUGGCGCUAUGUAUGUAUGUAUGUAUGACGCUUAUCCAGGAGAGCAUCUUUACCGAAGUAAAGAAAGGGCUUCCAGAGACUGCCUGGUUUGCCUUCCUCUUCUCCUGAGCCUUCUUCAGUAUCUCUGUGUGUGCUGUGUGUCUUUAUUUGUCAUGUAAAAACUAUUCAUUUGCUCCCAACAAUCCCUUUUUUGCAAACUGCCUGUCUUUUGGAAAUAAAAAUUGAAACUGUUA